AUGGCAAAGCUGGCAGAUGCCCUUAAGGAGGCUGCCGCCUUAGCCGCCGCGGACGAAGCGAACUUCGCCGCGGGGUGUUCGGGUAUCCUCACGAAACUGAAGCGGGGCCUCGCGGAGGUGAAGAAGGCACCUGCCCUGUUGGAGGAGGUCCCUAGUGACAUCGACGCCUGGCCUUUCUUGCUACGCGUCUCCUCCGAAAAGGCCUCCUUCGCAAAACAGGUAUGGGAGACUUCCUCUAUACUGCUGAUGAGCCCAGCGUGGGCUGCCAGCUUCAGUGAGCAGGAAGAGAAGUCGCGGCUAGGCAUCCACAAGGCCAGGCAUGAUCUGCGAGUGCCCCAGGACUCGGUCUGCGCAUGUCUAGCAGUGGAGCUGUAG